AUGCGGCGGAGCCCGCUGUGGUACUGCAGCACCCGGCUUCUCUUUGCUCCGCGCUUCGGCUCUCAGCGCAGCCGAGGGUGCUCGCUCGGGUGGACGCCGGGCUGGCCCUGCUGCUCGGUGCGUGUGCGGAGCUGUCCCGCGCAGACCUUGCGGAGAGCGCGGCGGAGCGGGGCCGCGGCCACUCCGGCCGCCGAGAUUCUUUAUCUUUGUUCAGGAGCCUAAGGUUGCUUGCUGAUCACAAGAAGAUGUUUCUGUGGCUCUUUCUGGUUCUGUCAUCUCCAGUUUCUUCUACAACUGCAGAUGCUGAUAUAUCUGUGGAAAUUUGCAAUGUUUGCUCCUGUGUGUCAGUUGAAAACGUACUCUAUGUCAACUGUGAGAAGGUUGCAGUCUACAGACCAAAUCAGCUUAAACCACCAUGGUCUAAUUUUUACCACCUCAACUUUCAAAACAACCUGCUAAUUAUUCUAUAUCCAAAUUCCUUCCCUAAUUUUACGCAUGCAGUGUCCUUGCAGCUGGGUAAUAAUAAGUUACAGAACAUUGAGGGAGGGGCCUUUAUGGGUCUUAGUGCGUUAAAGCAGUUGCACUUGAACAACAAUGAAUUAAAGAUUCUCCGAGCUGACACUUUCCUUGGCAUAGAGAACUUGGAGUAUCUCCAAGCUGACUACAAUUUAAUCAAGUUUAUUGAACGGGGAGCCUUCAAUAAGCUUCACAAGCUGAAAGUCCUGAUCCUUAAUGACAAUCUGAUUUCAUUCCUUCCUGAUAAUAUUUUUCGAUUUGCUUCUCUAACCCAUCUGGAUAUACGAGGUAAUCGAAUACAGAAGCUUCCGUACAUUGGAGUUCUGGAACACAUUGGGCGAAUCGUUGAAUUGCAGCUGGAAGACAACCCCUGGAAUUGUACAUGUGAUUUGUUGCCUUUGAAAGCGUGGCUGGAAAACAUGCCCUAUAACAUCUACAUUGGGGAGGCUAUUUGUGAAACACCCAGUGACUUGUAUGGAAGGCUUCUGAAAGAAACCAACAAGCAAGAGCUGUGCUCCAUGGGGACAGGCAGUGAUUUUGAUGUGCGCAUUCUUCCUCCCUCGCAGUUGGAGCCUGGUUAUAGCACUCCAAAUGGUCACACCACUCAAACAUCGGUGCACAGAUUAGUCACAAAGCCACCCAAGACUACAAAUCCUUCGAAGAUCUCCGGGAUAGUAGCAGGCAAAGCACUAUCUAAUCGCAAUCUCAGUCAAAUCAUAUCUUACCAGACCAGGGUGCCUCCUUUAACACCUUGUCCGGUCCCCUGCGUUUGCAAAACGCAUCCUUCAGACUUGGGAUUAAGUGUAAAUUGCCAAGAGAGAAAUAUAGAAUCGAUGGCUGAACUCGUACCAAAACCCUUGAACGCCAAGAAACUGCAUGUAAAUGGCAAUUAUAUUAAGGAUGUGGACACUACAGAUUUCAUUGAGUUUGAGGGGCUGGAUUUGCUGCAUUUAGGGAGCAAUCGUAUUUCAGUGAUCAGAGGAGAAGUUUUCCACAACCUUACAAAUUUACGGAGACUGUAUCUCAAUGGCAAUCAAAUAGAGCGGCUGAGCCCAGAAAUGUUUGCUGGCCUCCACAACUUGCAGUAUCUCUAUUUGGAAUACAAUGUUAUCAAAGAAAUCCUAGCAGGCACCUUUGACUUAAUGCCAAAUUUGCAGUUGCUCUACCUGAACAACAAUCUUCUACGAAGCUUGCCAGCAUAUAUUUUCGCUGGUGCACCACUUGCUAGACUGAAUCUGAGGAACAAUCAUUUCAUGUAUUUACCUGUAAGUGGCGUUCUUGAUCAGCUAAAAUCUCUUACGCAAAUUGAUUUGGAAGGUAAUCCAUGGGACUGCACUUGUGAUUUAGUUGCUUUGAAACUGUGGCUUGAAAAGCUAAAUGAAGGUAUUGUGGUGAAAGAAUUGAAAUGUGAAACACCUGUACAGUUUGCUAACAUUGAACUUAAGUCUCUGAAAAAUGAGAUCCUCUGUCCUAAACUUUUAAACAAGCCAUCUGCUCUGUUCACUAGUCCUAUGCCCGCUGUUACUUUUACAACACCACCGGGACCAGUUCGGAGUCCUCCUGGUGGCCCAGUUCCAUUGUCCAUCCUAAUCUUAAGCAUAUUAGUUGUGCUUAUUUUAACAGUGUUUGUUGCUUUUUGUCUUCUUGUCUUUGUGCUUCGGCGCAACAAAAAACCGACUGUAAAGCACGAAGGGAUUGGAAAUCAAGAAUGCAGUUCUAUGCAACUGCAGCUAAGAAAGCACGAUCACAAGUCAAACAAAAAAGAUGGACUAGGUGCGGAGGCCUUCAUUCCUCAGACCAUUGAGCAGAUGAGCAAAAGUCAUACCUGUGGCUUAAAAGAGUCUGAAACAGGCUUCACGUUUUCUGACCCACCAGGGCAAAAAGUCAUUCUGAGAAAUAUUAAUGACAAGGAGAAAGAUUUGUUGCAUGUGGAUACCAGAAAAAGACUUAGCACAAUCGAUGAACUGGAUGAGUUAUUCCCUGGGAGGGAUUCCAAUUUAUUUAUUCAAAAUUUUCUUGAAAGUAAAAAAGAAUACAACAGCAUAGGGGUCAGUGGCUUUGAAAUACGUUACCCAGAGAAACUACAGGACAAAAAAACCAAGAAAUCUCUAAUAGGUGGUAAUCAUAGUAAAAUUGUAGUAGAACAAAGAAAAAGUGAGUAUUUUGAACUAAAAGCUAAACUUCAAGGUUCACCUGACUACCUGCAAGUCCUUGAAGAACAAACAGCUUUGAAUAAAAUAUAG